AAGAAGAAAGUAAGACUUUGGUCUUUGAUUUUCUCUGAUCAAAGUUUGUUGCGACGUGAAUUUUUCGAGAUGAAUUUGAAAAAUACAGUGAUAAAUGCGUUUAAUGACAACAGGCACGCCCUGAUAUAUACUGCUGGAGCCGUUCUGACUGCACUCGGAUUGGGAUUUGGAUAUAUAUAUUUGAAAAAGCCAAAAAAGCUUACUCGUGUAGGAGUAGUGUCGCAACUUGUUAUAUACCCAAUUAAAUCUGGGAAAGGAGUAAGUGUGAACACAGCUGAAUGUCUAGAAAUGGGUUUGAAAUGCGGCCAACUAAAGGACCGACAAUGGCUUGUGAUCACCGAAGACGGGAAACAGGUGACGGGCCGACAAGAACCGCGCCUGGUGCUGGUGACAAUGACGAGUGAGGGGGAACAUCUGUAUCUCAACGGGCCCUCCAUGGAGGAACUGAGGAUCCCUCUCAAUCAAAAAGGCAACCCUGUCUUCAACUGCAGGGUGUUUAGUGAUGACAUUCAGGGCAGAGACUGUGGCGACCAGGCCUCUCUCUGGCUCACCCGCUACCUGGACUCUGGCAAGACUUUCCGCCUUGUGCAAUACGAGUCACAAAUGACCCCCAGGAGGCCAGUGGAGAAGGCGCCCCUCUUCCCUGCCAGUGAGAAGGUGGUGUACCCGGACAUUGCUGCGGUCAUGCUGCUGUCCGAGGCCUCGGUGGCUGACCUGAACACAAGACUGGAACUUGACGUCACUGCGCUCCGGUUCAGGCCUAAUAUUGUUGUGAGCGACUGUGGUGCCUUUGCUGAGGACUCUUGGGUCCAAAUCCAGAUUGGCAAUGUGCAGCUCCAACGAGUCAUGUCCUGUGGCAGGUGUAUUUUCACGACUGUCGAUCCUGAUACAGGCAUUAUAGACAGGAAACAACCUCUGGAGACUCUUAAGAGUUACCGUCUGUGCGACCAUUCAGAGAAGGAAAUCUAUAAGACCUCCCCGCUGUUUGGACAGUACUACCAUGUCAAGAGAAGGGGACGUUUUCAGGUUGGAGAUCCUGUGUACAUAAUGAGCUGAGCUGAACCAUAACCUGGAAAUUGGCUUCAACAGUAACAAGUAAAAAAACAGGGUGAUAUCAGAUGAUUCAAAAUCACUAAAGAGAACAACUGUAUGGCAGGAAAAAAAAUUUCAGUUGAGGUUAUAGAUUGUGUGGAUGAAUCUCCUGCCAUUUCUGUUCAAACACAUCAUUAAGCAUUCUACCUGUUAAUGAAAGCUUUGCUCAUAUGUUCUUGCAUUAUCAUCAUAUAUCCUUAAUUGUGAUCAGUGUUAAGUUCUCCAUUAACCUCAUGAAAAUUUACUGUUCAAUGCAAAUAAGCCGUAUGGUGUAAAUUAUGUCAACAGAUGAGCCAUGUUCAGAUUUUUAAUAGUGAACCCACAAGUGUUGGUGCUGAAUGUUCUACUGUUAUGUGUUCAUUUGAAAAUGAUUUAUUUUACCAUGAAGGGUCAGCUGUUCAUUUAACCAUUGAUUGUAAAACCUAAUGUUACAUGACAUCCAUAAACUGCAAGCAUGUGUAACAUGGAAUUGUAUUGAUUCAUCUGUUCAUGAAAUCCUGGUGAAUCUUCAGGAGAAUCUGAGAAAAUUGGGAGAAAAGCUAAAGUAAAACUUUACAUGUCUCUAUUGGGAUAAAACUUAGUAAAACGUUGAUUCUGCAAGACAGGGAAUAAUAAAGAAUUUAAAUCAACCAAAAA